AUGACUACGAACAUGCAGCAUUAUAUGGAUGACAUUCAUGAUUGUAAGCUGUUGUAAGAUCUCACAGACCAAAAAGUCUACAGAUCUGAUGUUUAAUCAAAGCUAUAAUAAUUGAAAUGUUCUAGUGUUGGACGGAUUGGACAAUGAAAUGGGAAAACGAAUACGACGAAUCGAAAGAUAUGAAGAUCUGAUCGCCACGGAUUCCGUAGAAAUAAAAACCCUUGAGGAGCUUGUUUUUGACUUAACUCGUCCGUUGGAACAGAGAACAGCUCAGCUGUGUCGAUUGGCAGAUCUAAAGAACAAAGUGAGGGCUUUAUCCGAGAAGAAAACUACCAUGUCGGAGCGAAACAGUCUGACGGUUCAAGCCAUCUACAGUAAAAUUUCUGAAAUCGCUUAUCAUUGCAAAUUAGAAGUGGAAAUCGAUAACCCUGGCUGCACUGAACAUAGAGAAAGACGUGAGUAACAUUCUCAACAAAAAAUGUCUAAUGGCUCAAAAUAUUAUUUUUGUCUAGAAAAACUACAAUCUAGGGUUGCAGAACAGGCGCCUGUUUUCGCCUGUUUUGCAAAAUUUCCACGUUAAAAUUGCAAAACAGGCGAAAAACAGGCGCCUGUUCUGGAACCCUUCUACAAUCUGAGUAUUAUACGCCUAGGAUUAUAAAAAAAUUAACGUUACUUUCUUGCUUGGUGCUUAGUGUCCGUUUGAUUUAGCUUAGUUGAAUUCUAAUCUUUGAACUCCAGUGGCUUCGAGAAUGGCGUCGGCCGUUCUAUGGAGCCUGUUGACGUCGUGGGUGGUGGUGGUACUCCUAGGAUUGUAAAAAAUUGACAUCAUGUAUUACAAAUUUUUCUUCAGUGUUCUGCCAGUCCCUUGACGUCACAAAUGCCGAGAACAGUACUGCGCAGACACGAGCACCUGUUUCAUCUUCCAACUCCGUUCCCACCGGCAGAAGUGCUCGUGAAAAGUCAGUUAUGACCGAUGACGACCGAACAUCUACGCGCAGUGGCACUCCGUUCGAAAAGUGAGCCCACUUUACCAAAUUCAGCAGAACAUUGAAUUUUAGAGUAAAAAAACGGGGCGUGGGUCGUCCCAGAAAUUCAUUCAAAUUGAUUCAAAGUCAACAAAACUCUCACGGUUCUUCUGCAAUGUCAAGUGCACGAUCUAGUUUGGAGCAUGAGUAUGGAGGACGACCCGAAAGGAAGAAAUUGUCAAAAUACAUGAAAAAAAAACAGGAGAAACUUCGCUUGGCUGCUGAUGAGGAACGCUUGAGGAAAGCGCUGGAAGUGAAGAAAGAAGUCGACAAUGGAGAUUACGAGAGUUUUGGGUUGAGUGGAUGGGAUGAUUUUGGAACGCAACCGGUUCAAGGACCAAAUGAAGAUGGACUAAUCGUAGGUUUUUCUUCUCUCAUCGGGCGACGAAUACAUCGGAAGUUAAAAUGUGAAUUUCUGCCAGUGGUCGAUUGCGUAGCGUUCCAAAGCAUGGGAAAAAAGCUAAGUUUUUGCCAUAUUCACUCUGGGCCGGGCUGAAAUGAAAAUUUUCAAGAUCUCGGCCCUCAGCCCGGACUUCUGGAGAGGUUUUAUUGUCCAACGUUUCGGUCUCUCGACCAUCAUCAGUGAACAGAUUAAUUACCUUGGUUAACUUGGGUUGAAACCAUUUACCUGUUCCAUGAUGAUGGUCGAGACACGGAGGUCUAAAGUAUACUUUAGCAGACGCGCUUCAUAGAAAUCACACGCGUCGCGUGCGCUGCGACGCGGUUGGCGCUAUGCCAAGUUUUAAAUUAAAUUUCAAUUGAAAAAAGGUGACUGAAUCGCUACGCAGCUGCCAGUUGCAAAAAUGGCGGAAAAAAUUUAAAUGAGUUCGGCCGCGUAGCCUUUGGAACCCCGUGCGAGAGACCGAAACGUCGGACAAUAAAACCUGAUUGUACCAAAACUCCAAACAAUGGGUCGAAAAAGAAGCAACUUCUGUCGUCAUUCUCCUUCUUUCGUACAAAUCGGCGUGCAACGGUAGAAAUAAAAAAAUAAAAAAGCAUAGGAACGGAGGCUGUCACGGAUAUAUUGGAUUUAAAUUGGUUAAAUUGAACUAUCGAACUCUCCUUUCGUGGCAUCGUGGCGUGCAAGGCUGCCAGGCGGCCGGCCGUCACAUUUUGUUUAGACUGGAUGCCGAGCGCACAGUGCACGGCGGUCCGGCUUUCCUGAGUCAUUUUGAUAUGCUGAGUCGAUUUCUAAAGAGACGGCCAAAAUUUGUCACGGCGGUCUACCGAAACAAGAGGCCGCGGCCCUUUUUUUGACAGCCUCGGUGGCGGGAACAUUGAAAAUUAAAAUUUGAAUUUACGCCAACGGUCGAUUGCGUAGCGCCCCUAUCUUAAAGCAUUAGGCCAAAACGAAAUUCUUGAAAUUUCAUCAGGACGCGUUUGCAUUUAGGUACCCUCCACGACUCCGUGCGGCUGCAAAAUCAAGUCCAUCACUAAAAAAGGGGGUUUCUGUACAGAGCGCAUUCACAUUGAAAUUCCACGAUAAUAAUAGAAAAUUAGAGUGCACCUGUGGUUUGUAAAGCCGGAACUACUUUAAUGUUUCCCAGGACGACGAAGGAACUCUUCUGGAUUUUCUUCGAUACGAAGGCGAUGGUCUUCGAUCUCCGACAAAAGUAAUGGGAGCAGAAAUGGAUGGUAGAGGCGUCUAUUCUAUGGAUUUGUACCCACCAGGAGGGCCCCCAGAAUACCAUGCAAUCAUUGAUCGUGCCGGAAACACUCGGGAUGACAAUAAUUGCGAUAAUCAAACUUUAAAUAGUACUUCUUCAACAAUCAACUUAAAACGCACUAAUCAUGUAAGUAAAAUGUGAAUUGUUAAGUCGUAAAACACGUUUUCGUCCACAUUUCCGGGGUUUUGAAAAUAGAAGCACUUCAGUUAUAUACUUUUGAAUUUUACUAGACUACAUAAUUUUUAAAGUCAUCUGAUAUCAUAAUUGGAUUCAAUGCAUUGAUACGGUAGGCGGCGGCGACAUCUUCGAGCAGCGGCGAGCCGGCUGAGAAGCGCAAGCGCAACAUGUUGUUCGGUUCGAUAGCCGACACAAGUUUCAGCGGAAGACCGAGAAAGUUAGUGUCUGCGCUACGGUUUUCAAAACUUUUCGAGAUCUUCCUCAUGGAAAUCUGAGUUUAUUUUUUCAGACUAACCGGUCGAGUAACUGAAAUGAUCAUGUCAAACCGCGUAAAAGAGGAAUCACGUCACAAAAGUAAGCGUGAGUCAGAGGAAUGGUGCAUCUGUGAUGGUGUGGUAAGUUCUAUAUUUCAUAUAAUGAAGUAACCUCUUUUUUGCAGAAUGUUGAUUCGGAAAUGAUGGUAGAAUGCGAGAACAAAAACGUUAGUUUCACGAAGUUUUCAGAAAUUGUGCCUCGUUAGAGCACAAGUCUAUAUUGUACGGAAUCGAAGUUUUUUUUAAUUCUCUCAAUUCACCGUUCUCGCCCUCGGUGUUUGCGUACUCACGCCUAAUUUCAGAAAUUUUGGCUUGAGUCUACAAACACCGAGGGACAAUAGCGAUAAACCGAGUUUAUUAUGCUGUCACAACAUCAAUCAUAUAUUUUUCAGUGUCGUGUAGAAUGGUUUCAUUUCGAUUGUGUCGGUCUAACUGCUUCACCUGAGAACGAGUGGUACUGCCCGGAAUGUAGACGUCUACCAAUUAACCUGCUUUCGCCGAGACGACUCAAUGAAUAA